AUGUCAAUAAUUCUUUCUAAUUAAAAACAAUAAAGAAAGCUUCCUUUACUUAAAGAUUAUACAAGAUAAAAGAAAGAGAUGUUAAAAACAUUUUUUACAACUAAAACUAGUAGAUCUGAAUCUAGAUCUAAGCAAAUUAAUGAUGCUUAUAAAGAGGAGAAAUCCUAUUAUUUUGAUGAGAGCAUAAAAAAAAAAAAGAAUGCAAUUUAUCUAUCAUAAAAGCUUAUUAGACAAACUCCAAGAAUUUUUCCAGGAAAGACAGAGACUUUAAUGAACCAGAGUGAAGAGAUAAGUGAAGAUAGUUCUGAGAAAUCAAAAAGUAGUGUAGAUGUUUUUGAUCUUGAGAAACACAAGGAGCGUGUUAAAAAUAAAUUAAGUAUAUGAGAGUGAUAAUUCAGAGAUACAAAUAAAGAUGAAUCAUAUUUUGGGUUUUUAAAGAACUCAGAUAAAUUGAAAGACAUAGCUUAAAAUUUCAUUAAGGAAGAUGGAAUGAAUCCGAUUUAUUAUUUUUGUGUUCAUGACAGUUUAUUUCCCAAAAGAAUUGAUUUAACUAAUUGUCUAGUAGAUAAAAAGGAAAUGAAUUUUACCAAUUUAGGUAUAGGAUCAAAAUAUUAUCCUAUAUUAACUACUUUAUUGAAAUAGCAAAAAAGUUAAAGAAUAAAACAAUUAUAUUUAAGUGAUAAUAAUUUGAAAGAUUAAGAAUUAAGUAUGAUUAUAGAUUGUAUACCUCUUUCGUUAAAGGACUUAAAGCUUUCAAAUAAUAAAAUAGGGAAAGGAGGUGCUUUGCUUUUGGAAAAAUUGAUAGUAACCCAUAAAAGGUAUAGAUUUUUAUUGUUUUAUAGCAUCAAAUAUUUAAAUGUUGCCAAUAAUACAUUAGGAGAUAUAGGAGCUUAAAUUUUAUUAAAUGCUUUAAUGAAGAAUAAUACAGUUACAAGAUUAAAUCUAUCAGAGAAUGGAUUGACAGAUUUAAUCUCAUAAGUUUUGUAUAAUUUCUUAAGUAAUAAUAAAACAGUUGAAGUUUUAAUGUUAAAUUGGAAUUAUUUAGGAUCAUUAUCAGGAUAACUUAUUGCUAAAGGAUUAACUAACAAUAAAUCAUUAAAAGUAAUAGAUCUUAGUUAUAAUCAUCUUGGAUAGAAUAAUUGUAUGAUUUAUUGGAGUGAAAUGAUUUCAAAUCCUAAAGUUUCACUUAUUCAUAUUGAUCUUUCUUAUAAUUAAUUUAGUGAAUAGUAAUUAAGAAUUUUGAAUGAAGCAUUAAAAAAGAAUAAUCAAAUUUAUGGAUUACAUAUUGAAGGAAACAAAUGUCCAGCAUAUGUAGAUGCUAAUGGAUUUAUUUAAUUUGCUAAUGAUGGAUUACAAGUUUAAAGUACUCCUUUUAGAUUUUAAUAAAAGAAAUAUGAAAUAGAUGGAGUUAAUUUUAUACCAGAAUUAAAUAAUGGAUUAAUUGGUAGUGAUUGUUGUUGGAUUUGUUAAGGUUGGAUGGAAUUUAAAUUUAAUUACACACCAGAUGAAUUUAAUGGCGAUAUUCCAAUUUUCCUUCAUCUUGAUUUUUUAGAGUAGAUAUUUAUCAUUAUAAAAAAUAGUUAUAAACCAAUACCAAUGACAUCAAGUUUAGAAUUAAAAGAAUAGAUGAAAUAAUAAAGAAAAAGUAAAUCUGUUGAACCCUAAUUAACAACAGGAGAAAUAAUCUAUUAAUUAAAACAAGUUAUCAAUGAUGAUAAAAAAAUUACUAUGGCUGCAAUUUAAGAAGCUUAUGAUAUUGAAACUAAAGAUGAAAUUGUAGAUGAAAGAUGUUUGGAUGAUCUAGAUAAAUUUUAUUAUACUACUUAUUAAAUGUGUCCACCUAAAAGGAGAAUUCUGUAUUUCUUUAGUAAUCCAAUAUAAGAAGAUUACUUUAUUGAUAAAAAUUCUUUAAGUAUGCAAUCUCCACCUGAUGAUUUAAUAUUAUAAGGUAAAGAUUCUAAAUUUCAAUAUCAUUAAUUUGCUGAUGGUACUAAAAUUAAAUUUAAAAAAAUUAGUUAAAUUAAUUAUUUAUUAUCUAAAUAAGAAUAUGUUAUUGAUGAUAAAAAUGAUUAUAAACCCUUAGUUAAAAUAUUUCCUCGUUCUGCUUAAAAAAAAUAUAUUUUAAGGAAAUUUGCAAAUAAUUCCAUCAAGAAAAAAGUUAAUAUUAUCUUUUGGAAUAAAGAUGAUUCAUGUUUUAAAUAAUUUUAAGGUGACAAUGAUGAUCUUUUAGACAAUUGUUUAGAUUUUGAUUGGUCAUGUAGUAAGAUUACAAGAUUUGUUAGAAAUGAAUAUGAAAGAACUAAAAUGAAAGAAUAUUUUAGAUAACAGUAUUAAUUAUUAAAAGAUGUAUAUAAAUAUCUUUCCAGUUUUGGACAUUAACCACCUUAAUUAGAUAUGUUUUGCAUAUAGUUUGGAUAAUUUUAAAAAUUAGUUCAAUAAUUAGGAUUGGUUGAUGGAGUUGAUUUAAAAAUUUAAGAUGUAGAGAGUGAUUUGAUAUCAAUAAAGAAUAAUGUAGAUAAUAAAUUUAUUUAUAAUCCAGAUUAAGCUUUAAUUAGAUAUUAAUUUAUUGAGAGCCUUUAUAGAUUAGCUUUGGAUAAAUAUGUAAGAACAAAUACAGUAAAGAAUGCAGCAGAUGCAGUAUAUCGAUUAUUAAAGGAAUUUAAGCCAUAUUUUAAUAAUUUUGAUUCAACUUAAGAGUGGAGAUAAAAAAGAUUAUGGAAUAAAGAAUGUGAUACAUUAAUAUAAUUUAAGAUGGGAUUUUUAAAAAGAUUAUAUGAUCAUAUAACUGACAUUAGUAAUAGAAGAUGGUAUUUUAAAUUGAAAUGGAUUUCAAUAAAAGAAUAUAAGGAAUUUUGUAAAUAAGUUGGAUUGAAUGAAUAUUUAAGUGAGAAAUAAUAAGUGAUAAUAUAUAAUUUUUCAAUGAUGUCAUAAGUGGAUGAAUUAAAUUAAGAUAGAAAUGUUCGAAUGACUUUGAUUGAAUUUAUAGAAUCAUUAGGGAGAAUGGCUGAGAGAAUAAGUCCUGCACCAAUAGGAGAAAAAGUAUCAGAUUGGGGAUAUUAAUAAAGAACUACUUUGCCUUUGCAUAUUAAAUUAGAAGCAUUGUUAACUUAUAUAUAUAUAUAAGUAAAUAAAAAGUAAAUAAAAUAAAUAUAAAAAGAGGAGCAUUUGAAUUAUUUAAUGAUAUAUUUGGAGAAGAAUAAUAAUAGAAAAUAUAAUUUAUGCCAUCUCCAAAUUGUGUAAUAAGUGAGGAAGAAUAUAAUAAUACAAUAGAUAAUUUAACAACGUACAAUACAUUAUCUUAUUUGAGUAAUAAUAUAGUUAAGUAUUUAGAUCUUCAUAAAUAACCAUAUUUAAAUCCAGAUUAUGUGCAUUUUUUGCAAAAUCAGGUACCAAAUUAACCUAAAUUUCAUGGCCCACUUUUGGUUAGAAGAUUUUCAAGGAAUGAUAAGAAAAAUAAAUGAAUAUUAAUUUUAAUUAUUGAUGUAAAGUGAAUAAUUGAGUGAAUAAAAAUUAUAUGCUUGGGGUAGUGCUGAAUGUGAUUAAUUUUUGGCUAAAGAUGAGGAUGAUGAAGAAAUGUAUGAAGUAAAAAGGCCAUAUCAAAUAAAAGAAUUAAAUGAUCUAUCAAUUACUUAAGUAGCAUGUGGGGGAAUGCAUGCCUUAAUUUUAACAUCAUAAGGAAAAGUAAUAAUUUAUUUAAUUUUAAAUAGGUGUAUUCUUUUGGAUGUGAUGAUAAAGGAGUACUUGGAAGACCAGUAAUUGAAGGAUAAGAUACUAGAGUACCUGCACUCAUUACAGAUCUUCCACCUGUUAAUAUGAUUGCUUGCGGUAGUUCUCAUUCCAUUGCUGCCAAUUCUAAUGGUGUUGUCUAUUUCUGGGGUUUUUAUGCUAAUACUCAUGGUCCUAUUGGAGAACCAGUAUAGAGACCAAAAAAAAUGGACAAUAUUACAGAUGGAAUCUAAAAAAUACUAUGUGGUUAAAAUCAUACUAUGGUUUUAUUAACCAACUAAAAAGUAUAUUAAUUAUAUACAUUUAGUUAUUAACUUGGGGAGAUGCAGAAACCUUAGUUAUUGGUAGAAAAAGUGAAACUAGAAGAUCUAUUAUAUAAAAUUUAAAUCCAUAACCAAUCAAAAUGAAAAAACCUAUUUUGAAUAUUUUUACAGGAGCUUCACAUGCAUUUGUCAAAGUAUAAAUGAAAGAUAAAAAAAUUGGAAUUUAUGGAUGGGGUUUAAAUAAUUAUGGAUAACUUGGAAUAGGAAAUUAAGAAAAUUAAUAAUUACCUGUAUUAAUUGAGUUUUUUGAUAAUAUUGAUGUUAUUGAUAUGGUUGGUGGAGAACAUCAUACUAUUGCACUUGAUUCUCAAGGAAAUAUCUAUUCAUUUGGAAGACAUGAUGAUGGAUAGCUUGGUUUAGGAGAAGAUAUAAAUUAAUAAUUAAAAGAAUAAGCUUAAAAAUAAUUAGAAGAAGAAAUCUAAUCAUAAAAACUAAAUGAAAGUAAUAAAAAAAAAGUUAGCAAAAAAAAUAAAUAAUAAGGAGAAUUAUAUGAAAUUUAAAAGUCUGAUAAAGUCAUUGGAUAUGAAUUUAUUACUUUUCCAUAACUCAUAACAGAUAUUCCAAAAAUGUAAUCAAUUUAUUCUUCUAUGCAUUUUAAUUUUGCUAUUUCUCAACAAGGUUAAAUAUUCUCUUGGGGAAAUGGCUAAAGUUUUGUAUUAGGUACAAGAAAUGAAAAUUCCUAAUUCAAACCUAAAGAUGUAUUUUUAUUUAUAAUCAUUUUAGAUUACUUACAUUUUUAAAAAUGAAAAAUUAUUAUAAAUAUCUCUUGGUGCCAGUCAUGUUAUUGCUUAUACUUCCACUGAUCUCAAUUAUAGCACAUAAAAAAUCGAUGAAUCAAUCAUUAAAAUUUAAGAUUAAAAAACUAAAAUUAAAAAAAAUAGAAAAAGUAAUAGUAGAGACAGAAGCAAUGAAAAAAGUUAAUCUAUGAAAAGAAGUGUAUAGAAAUUUGAUGACAGUUUAAUUCCAGUUAAAGAUUUGAAAAUUGAUUGA